UCCGGUUGUCAUGACUUUUUUGGGGUAAAACUUUCUAUUCAUAAAUAUAACAGAUUAUCGGGAUGACAUGACAGAGAAGAAAUCAUUUUUCAGACAUUUUCAAGAAGGGGCACACAAGAUGUCUAACUUAGCCUGUACAUCUGUACGAACUGAUGACGUUGAUGUUCCUUGGUAUGCCUCUAUUGUUCAUAAUUGUAUACAGGAUGAUAAACUAAGCAAGCUGAAAGUCACAUUACGAAAAUUUUCUAAACAACAAAGGACAACCAUUGUUAAUCAUAAAAUAAAUGGAAGUGCUGCUUUGUUCAUUUCUAGUCUAAAAGGUCGGGUUCACAUAGUUAAUUAUUUACUAGAUGAUUGUGGAGCAGAUAAGGAAUUAAAAGGAAUUUAUGAGGUAGAAUUAGAUCAUUCUCGACAUGAAGUUUCACCUUUAUGGUGUUCAGCAGUAGCUAAUAAAUUGGAAGUUGUAAAAGCUUUAGUUGAACAUGGUGCUGAUAUUAACAGUCCAUCAGAUACACAAUCAACUCCUGUCAGGUCAGCUUGUUUCAUGACAAAUAUCUCUAUUGUGAAAAUCCUUGUUGAGCAUGGGGCUAACAUACAUAAACCAAACAUAAAUGGAGGCACUUGUCUGAUAAACUCUGUACAAAGUGAGGAACUGUGUGUCUUCCUUUUAUCUAAGGGAGUGGAUGUGAAUGCCAAGGACAAUUCUGGUAAUCUUGCUCUACACUAUGCCAUUAGAGAAGGAAGACUAGACACAGUUAAGGUGCUUCUGAAGUAUGGUUCUGACCAUACUGCUAAAAACGAUUUUGGUGAUGAUGCUCUCCAAACUGCUGCUUUGAGAGGUUACAAAUCGAUUGUGAAAUAUAUACUGGAAACAACAGAUCAAACAAGGGAAACAUCUGCCCAUGCCUAUGAACUGUUAGGGGCUAAUCUGGUGGAUGAGGUUCAUGAUAUUGUAGGUGGCUUAGCUAUGUGGCAAGAAGCAAUGAACAUUCGUUAUCAAGAUGAGAAUAACCCACUCAUCAAGAAAUUGCCACUUGAUACAAACUAUGCCUAUCUGCAUGCUCGAGAACCUAAUAAUCUCAAAGAACUUCAUCGUAUAAUUGAUCCUGAUGAUGUAUACAUGCAGGCAUUAUUAAUUAGGGAGAGAAUUUUAGGGCCAUGCCACAAAGAUGUUACUUUUGGCUUGAUGUACAGAGGUGCUGUAUAUGCAGAUACUCAUAGGUAUCAGCGGUGCGUAGAUCUAUGGAAGUAUACGUAUAUAUUGAGACAUCGUAAGAAUGACCCAUUGACACAUGAAUGUUUGUUUACUGUGCAGGCUUUGGUAAAGUUAUUCUGGGAGAUGCAAGUGGAGUUAGAGUCAGGAACUACAGAAGAAAAGGUGAAAGUAGCAGAUGCUCAAGAAGUAUUUGAAAUGUUAGUAGCACAGAUUAUUAGUGGACAAGAAUCUUUAAAGAAUUCCACAGGGAAUAACAAGGGGAAUGAGGAUUUCCAGCUAUUACUUCAACUUUCUCUUCAUGUCAUACAUCUUAUGGCCAGAUUAGACAAAACAUCACCACAAAAUUUCCAGUUCCGAAAAGCAGUUCAUCAUUUAAUUCUACAAGACCCAAGAGGACAGGAAGGUGGAAGUUUACUACAUUUGUCUGUUGAUCCUAAGAUUUCUCUUACUAGUGAGGAAUUUUAUUCCCCCUUUCCAACCCUAUCAGUUGUGGAAAUUUUGAUAUCAUGUGGCAUUGACAUUAAUGCUGUUGACAGUAAGAGAAACACUGCUCUUCAUAACAGUAUCAAGUUUUUAACAUAUUCAGAGCUCCAGAAUGAAGGGAUUUUAGAUUGCUUGUUACAGAAUGAUGCUCAUGUUGAUAUUCACAAUGCUGAAGGUCAAAGUGCUCUGAUCCUACUACAACAUGCAGGUCUCCCGGUGUGUCCUCUACAAUACCAAACAUUAAAAUGUCUAGCAGCAGAGUCUAUAAUGAAACAUAAAAUAUCUUAUGAAGGGGAAGUCCCUGUAUGUUUACUGCCUUUUAUACAAAUGCACGGAUAGAUGAAAAUUUCGGUUUUAUACGUUCUUUAUUAAUGAAUAACAAUAGCAUUUAGGUCCUUAUUAUAACCAACAUAUGUUAAAAGUUUUUUCAAGAUGCAAGAUCGACGCAACUAUAAUUAUAAGAUUUAAUUUAGGGAUGUUCAUAAGUUAAAAAAUUCCCAUUCAUGAGAUAUUUCGACUCAUGCUAGUAGCUUAUUGCAUAUUCCCUGUAGAAACUCCACCAAUUCUCCUUAAUUUUUGUCAAAUAUCAAAGUAAAUGGAAAAGUUAAAUUGUACUCAAGACUUUGGUAAAGUUGGUAGUUGCAUAUUAUAAACAACUUUUCUGUGAAUUUUGAAAAGUUUUUCAAUUAAAAGUUGCUAACAAUAUGUACACAGCCCCCUUUAGUUUUCUGUUUUCUAAUUUCAAUAUAUGCAUAAUCUUAAAAUUUUGUGUCAUAUGGCAUUACAAUGUAUAUCAGUGGUAGAAGAGAAGAACCUAGUUAUGUUAUGCUGUUAUCAGACAAAGUACAAUGUACUUUACCUAACAGUAGAACCUAGUUGCAUGUUGUUGUUAUCAGGUAUAUCAUUUCAUUUCAGAGUAGAACAUAGUUGUGGUACAUGUAUGCUGUUAUUUGGCAUACAUGUGUAGCCUUUGCUUUUGAGUAGAACUUAUUAUUUUUAUAUAUUUAUUACGUUUUAUAACAUAUUAUUGACAAUUGAUAUGUCAUUCCGUGAUUGUUGAUCACAAGCUAAUUAAGUUUUGACUUUGUUGCCGAAGUUUACCAUGUUUACAGGAUAGUGACACUGAUAAACAAUCAACACAGAGCAUAUGGAGCACGUAAAAAAUAAGUGAGUGAUAGAGCCAUGAUAUUUUUUUGAUAUAUUUUCAUGUGUUCCCAUUUGUUAAUUAAACUUUUCUUUAACAAUUUUUAAAUGAUUUGGUGUACUUAAUUUGUUCUUUAAGAAUCAGUUAUUACUAUUUUCCUUCCAGUGAACGUUUGUUUUAAUAAUUUCUAUCAUCAUGGUUUUCCCCCUCGCACUUGCGCUGUGCAGUGGCCGAAGUUCUAACGAGAAGUCUUGUAGUAAAGGUCACUGCAUACGAGAAAAUAUUGGCGAAUUAGAGUAUGGGAAGACAAUAAUUGGAUAGCAGUACAAUUAUGAAGAUUUUGAUAAUAUGAAGGAUGUUUUUUUACAAGAAAGUUUACGUACACUUGUUUUGUAGUAAAACUUAGCCAUUCAAGUAUAUAAAACAUAUUCAACUUUUUUUUUUAAUUUAAAGUUUCAUAUGGCUUUAAUAGAUGUGAUACAAAAUUGUUUUUUAAUAAUGCUGAACACAUUUUGUCAUAUAAUUUAUUUUAGUUCGUGACAAACAUUUCAGUAAUUCUGAAUUUAAAGAAUUUGUCCCUUGUUUCAUUUGUAAGACAGUUUCUAGUAAGUUAAUUGAAUAAUUAUUUCAACUUUUCUAAGUGCUUUGACAAAACCAGGCAGAUUGUUUUUGUCAUUACAAAUUCUAAGCAUAAAUCAUAUUUACAUUUAGUGCUAACUUGAAAGUUCUUCCAUCUUUUAUUAGAAAGGAGUAGGUCCGGUAAGGGCCGAUUUUGGCCUCAAAUUUCAGGUUCAUCUGAUGAAAGAUUUUGGACACUUUUUAAACACUUAAGUGUCUACUUCAGUCGAUUCAAUUAGUUUAUGUGAAAGAUUUGAACUGAUUUAGUCAUUAAAAACGCCAAAAUUCAAGCUUAAAUAUGGAAAAUCUAUCAAAUAUUCCAUAAUAGGUCACUUUUCAGUUGGUUUUUGUCAAAAAUGAAAGUGGCCGCAUCCGUGUUCAUUCUCAACCUUUAUGUAUGUUAUGUAUUAUCAUCAAAUACAACUUACAUUUAAAUAUUAAGAAUGAACACAAAUGCGGCCACUUCCAUUUGAGACGGAAACCGUCUAAAAUUGAACUCAAAUGCUAAAAUUUUGAAGAUUUCAGUAAUUUAGCAUGACUUAAAGAUGCUAGUACCCGAUAUAUGUGGAUUGUAUUGUCAAAAACAGCUCAUAUUUAUGUAACAGAAGUAUUCUUCUUUCCAAUAAAUAACUUAAAGUUUACAUUUUAACAAUUUUGUAAAACUGCUAUAUUUUGGGGCCAAAAAUGGGUCUUACUGGACCUACUCCUUUGAUGUAUUUAUAAAAGAAUAGAUAUUACUGUACCAGCAAUUUAAUGUUUAACUCAGUGCUUAUUCAUUCAUUUUCAUGUAAAACUGUGCUAUCAUGGCUAUUGAGCCAUACAUAUACAUGUAUUUUAUUACAUUUAAUUUAGUGUAACAGUAACUCUUGUGUGCUAUAUAUUGAGCCAUACAUGUAAAUGUAUUUUCAUACAUUGAAGUGUAAAAGUAACUUUUGUGUGCUAUAUAUUGAGCCAUACAUGUGCUAUAUAUUGAGCCAUACAUGUGCAUGUAUUUUCAUACAUUGAAGUGUAAAAGUAACUUUUGUGUGCUAUAUAUUGAGCCAUACAUGUGCAUGUAUUUUCAUACAUUGAAGUGUAAAAGUAACUUUUGUGUGCUAUAUAUUGAGCCAUACAUAUACAUGUGUUUACUUACUCUUAAUUUUAAUGUGACAGUAACUCUUGUGUGCUAUGUAUUGAGCCAUACAUGUACAAGUAUUUUCAUACAUUGAAGUGUAAAAGUAACUUUUGUGUGCUAUGUGUUGAGCCAUACAAGUACAUGUAUUUUCAUACAUUGAAUUUAGUGUAAAAGUAACUCUUGUGUGCUUUAAGUAUUUUUCAAAGUGUUAGCAAAGUUCUUUUUAAGAAUUGUCAAAAUAAUUUAAUCCAGGAAAUAAUCAAAAGCCUUUCUAAACAAAAAUCUGUGUGUUCGUUAUUCUGUCCGUUCGUCUGUUUGUCCCGCUUCAGGUUAAAGUUUUUGGUCAAUGUAGUUUUUGAUGAAGUUGAAGUCCAAUCAACUUGAAACUUAGUACACAUGUUCCCUAUGAUAUGAUCUUUUUAAUUUUAAUGCCAAAUUAGAGUUUUGACCCCAAUUUCACGGUCUAAUGAAUAGAAAAUGAUAGUGCGAGUGGGGCAUCCGUGUACUAUGAACACAUUCUUGUUCAUUUAAGUAUCUAUCAGAUAUCAUCUACAUAUGCUUUUAACUUAAAAUAUACUAAAUGAUGAAUAAUCACCUAAUGUCUAAUUUUGGGGCUUUUAAGCUUUACCAUUUCUCCCUGCCCCAAAUCAAAUAAUGAAACCAUCAAUAAUACCAGGUCCACCAAUUAUUGUUUAGCAUAACUUAUAAAGAAGUACACUUAAAAAAUGAACAAACUUUAAAUGUUGUGUACUAAGUACCAAUAUACAGUCAGGAUUCUGCAUCGUCAAAAUUCUCUCCCCAUUACGCCAUCAAGGUUUUCCAAUCGUAAAAAUGGAAGCCAUUGUAGGGAUGAUGUGCUGUCAAUUUAGCUCUUGAAAACCAUUAUAUUUAUCCAGAUAGCAUCAUUAUGAUCAUUAUAUGCCAGUUGUAUUUUAAAAGACAAAUGUAUCUACUAGCUAUCAAACAUUGUUUUAUGUUCUUUUAGGCCUUUAGUCAACUUAAAACUACUGUCUGAUCACUAUGUCAGGUGGAAUUUUUGAAAGUUAAAAAAACACCCAAAACAAUCUAAUUAAAUAUUUCGUGGAAGGGCAGACUAAAAAUUUUCAGAUGUUCAAGACGAAUUUUCCUAGAUAAUACACACCAAAAAAUGGUGUUUUUUUUAAGUUAUGCAUUUUUAAGAUCCACUCGUAAAGUCUGUCAUCAAGGGUUUUCAGUAAAAAUUUGUGAUUCAAACAUACCAACUCUGUUGUUAUGACUCACUAGAAAGGUAUUCACUUGACCCAUAUAUUUCAUUAAGUACUGUGAGUUUUUAAUGUUAUUAUAUCAACCUGUAGUUUGAAUAUAUAAAAAUAAUAGAAUCUGAAGCGAGAUGAUGUAUAAAAUAUUUUUACUUUAUACGUUUUCAAGAUAAAAUAGUCAACUCAAACACGCCUGAACAUAAAAAGGUGUACUCGACUUUCCCUUUUCGAUGUAAUUAUUGCCCAUUUUUAGGAUUUUUUCACAAAAAACUGUUGCCGGGGGCAUAGAUGCAAAUUAAUGCUUUACAAAGAUCAAUCUUCUAUCUUUCUGUGGCAUUUUUAUCGGGGGAAUUUAUGCUUAUGCACAAAAAAGAUCCAAAUGUAUUUACACCUAUCACAAUCGACUGUUUUGUGAAAAUUUGUCUUUGAUUUUAAAGUUAACAAAAAUCUAGUAGCUCUAUACUAUAAUUUAAGUUAAAACACUUAUAUAAGAUGCAUAAAAUCAUAAAUUAUGCACCUUCAUUAAACUUUUAAAGCCAUAAGAAACAGAUGUAAACAAUUCAAAUUUACCAAGUUUUACUUUCUCUAAUUAAGAGUUCCAUUUCUUUUGUUUAAUUUCAACUGGAUAUCAGCCUGUAUACACUGAGAUGAUAAAUCUGUAAAAGAACAAGGUCGGAUUACAUUUGACCUGAACAAAAGGCUUUGAUAUUUAAGUUAAAAUUCUAAAUGUUUUUAAUAAUAUGAAUAUUUGUAUUUAUCUGUGACAGCUGUCCUGACUGUUAUCAAACCUGAACCCUGAUACUAAUAACAGAUACUUAUUGAUGUAGAAAGGUGUCAAGUGAUUAAGAAUGAGAUAAACUUUGAAGUGCAUUUAUUUUUAAGUUCUAUGUUUAUUGUUUAUACUCCAUUACUUUUAAUUGUCAUUUAAAACCACAUAUUCAUUAGUUAAUUGUUGAGUAAAAUAAGGAUUAAUAAGUCAAUUUUACAUCAUUUCCCUGUGUAACAAUCGUGUAUCAGCUUAUGUUAACUUUGUACCUGUUUGGAACUAAGAUUACUUCAAAGAAAUAAAGGAGAGAAGAUACCAAGGUGGAAAUCAUAAACCAUUCGUCAAAAAAAAUACAGACAACACCAAAUAGACAACACCAAAUAGACGACACCAUAUAGACGACACCAAAUAGACAACACCAAAUAGGCAACACCAAACAGACCACACCAAAUAGACAACACCAAAUAGACAACACCAAAUAGACGCCAAACAGACGACACCAAAUAGACAACACCAAAUAGACACCAAACAGACGACACCAUAUAGACAACACCAAAAGAAAAAUGAUGAAAAGUCAAACAAGUCCACAAAACUCUACACAGAAAAUGAUUAACACCAAAAACCAGAGUUGAACUCAGGUGCUCCAAAAUGCUUAACAGUUCCUGCUCCACUUGUGAAUACUCAUUGCAAGUAAAAAUUCAGUGAUAAGUAGAAUUUGGUGAUAACACACUCUAGUAAUAAAAGGGGAAUGGGUUGUGGCUAUGACAAGUGAAGCAUACUGGUAUAUAUUGUACACCAUAACUGUCAACCAAAUCAUGAUGACUUCCUUAAUCUUUCAUAGGGAUGACUUCAACUUUACCAUUCAGAACCAUAAGUGUAAUAUAAGCGUUCUAGUAAGCAGUAACCCUCUAUCAAGGAUAUCAUGAUAGGAAAUUUAAGCCCUGGAAUGACAAUUCAUGUGGGAGAUACUCUUAUUUAAACACAUGCUUUAAUUUGUUUAUUUUUUAGGAAAUCUUUAUUUCAGAAAAUGACCUCUUCUUUGCAAGCUUAAUUUUAUAUUUAAAACAUAUUAAGUAUUUUGGGGAAAACAAAAGUGAAAAGACUCACAUGGUCAUGUGUUUUUUUAAGUGUAUACUUAUUUGUGAAUUGAUUGAACUUUAACAGGAAGAAAGCAUUAUUUGACAUAUUUCCCAUGCAUUUGAAAAUUUAAGUGAGAAUUUUUCUCGUCUAGUCUUGAAACUGGUUUUAGCUUGUUAAACGCCAAAGAAAAUUCAGUUUUUUGUGGAGGUUUAGACCUGUCCCUCUGUCUUUAAUCUGUUUGGCAUUUUGCCAUCACGAUUGAUGAAAUGAUCCAUUUUUGUUUUUUUUUAGGAAACUACCAGUACACUGAAAAUCUUGAACAUUUGAAUUUAGAAAUUACGCUUGACUGCGGCUUUGUACAGAUUUAACAGGCAAUUAAUCUGAUUUUAUUUUGUGAAAUGAUCCCUAAUGAGUUUGUCCUUUAUUGAUGAUGGAGUGUUUCAUCUGAUCAGUUUUCAAAGGGCCUAGUUUUAAACUAAAAAUACAAAAUUUCAUCAAAGUUCAUAGAUUCAAAAUUAAAGUCUGUGAGAAAAUUUCAAAUACAAUUCAUUUUUUGGCCAAUUUGCCAAAUUAUUGGCUUGAAAUUAUACCUUUUCUUUUAAGGAAAUGGGAUCAUAUGCUUGUUUUUAUUGUGUAUCUAUCUUAGGAAAGUAUCAAUUAUUAACAACACAAUUGUUUUUUUUGGGGGGGGAGGUGUUGGUGAUACAUUGCUUCUUUCAUUGAAAUACACAAGACCGUGUAAGACUGAGUGUUACAAUGUAUGCAUACACUACAAAUCAGCAAUAACAUCCCUGUUUUACAGUAUAUCAUUCAUCUAAUUCAAGUUAUUAGUCCCCUACCGACGAAGACUCUGUCCAUCUGUCUGUCCGUCUGUCCAUCCGUCUGUCCAUCCGUCAGUCUGGCAAAUCAGUUUUCCACAUUUUUUUCCUUCAUUCUUGAAGAUAUUGAUUUGAUAUUUGGUAUAUAGUUUUGCCAUGACAAGUUAUUGAUCAAGUUCGAAUUUUGUUCCAGUCUGAUGAUUUAGUCCAGAGUUAUGGAGCAUAACUCUGGACCAUAUCUAGUGUUAAAGUACUAUGUUAAACCCUAUUUCUGUACAAAGGGAGAUAACUCAUUUUUUAAAAGACAUUCUUUGGUAAAUUAUUUGAAGAAUUUUUUGGCAGGCUUGUUUGUUAUUUUGUGUAAACUAAUUUUCUGAAUGCUAUAUAUAUAUAAAAAAAAUUAUGAAGUGAAAUCCUUUAAUUAGAUAAUAAUCUAUUUUUAUUAAUGUAUACAUAACAUUACAUUGUGUAGAUAAAAAUUGUUGACAUUUUAUAGAUAAGUUACAAAUCUAUAUUAGUUUGAGACAAAUAAAAGACAAAAUAUUUGGAACUAUUAAUUAUAUUUGAUUAUAAUUUGAAAAUAGAUAUACACUGCAUUACAACAUAUCUAAUUUUAGAGAACUAUUAAUCAUAAGUGUUUUCCACACUUUUUUUCAUCAUGCUUGAAGAUAUUGAUUGAUAAUUGGUAUAUUGUUUUAUCAUGACAAGUUAUACAGAUCAAGUUCGAAAUUUUGUUUCAGUCUGAUAAUUUUGUGCAGAGUUAUGGUCCUUGGACUUGAAAAAUUCACUAAUUUAAUCAGUUUUCCACACUGUUUUUAGUCAUUCUUGAAGAUAUUGGCUUGAUAUUUUCUUUUUGUUUACACCAUGACAAGUUAUAGAACAAGUUAGCUUUUUGUUCCAGUAUAAUGAAUUUUUACCCGGUAGGGGACUAUGUAUUGCCAUGCAAUACUCUCAGAAUGCUUGUUCGUCUAUGUGUAUGCAGUGUUUUAAAACAAAGGGGUAAAUGAAGUAUUGUGCUGUAUUUUUUUAGCAUCUCUUUGUUUUGAUUGUUGUUUUGGCUUAUGAUUGUUGGAUGUUUAUUUAUUAUACCAUAUAUUUAUAAUCCAUUAACAUGAUUCAUAAUUAAAAUAAAAGUUGAUGAACCAUU